AUGUUUGUUCUUGGAUUUGGUGUUGAUUUGCUUGAGACUGAUGACUAUAAGUUGGUUAGACUUGUGUAUCAUACAAAUAUUGUGUUCGGGUAUAAUGGUCCUCCUAAGAUUGAAAUUUAUUCGAUUAUUAGUGGGGUUUGGAGGAGAGUGGUAGGAGUUGAGAUUAAGCAUUGCAUGGUGGAUGUUAUGUGGUCUCAAGCUUUUGUUAAUGGAGUUUUACAUUGGAUUGCGUAUGAUGUGGUUCCGAAUGGUUGUGAAAUUCGGAGUUUAGUUAUGUCUUUUAGUAUAGAGGAUGAGGUGUUUGGGGAGAUUAUGUUGACGGAUGCGUUAGCUGGUGUAACUCUAACAAAUUUAUCAAUUAUGUUGUUUGAGGAAUCACUUGUUGUUGUUAAUUAUGGGAGGGAGAUAGAUGGCGCUUCAUGUGAAGUAUGGGUGAUGAAGCAGUAUGGAGUUUUGGAAUCUUGGAGUAGAUUGUACCGUAUAAAUUUGGUUGUAGGUAUGGAGAAAGUUGUUGGAUUUAGGAACAACGGUGACAUUUUGUUUUCAACUAGGAGGAAUGAUCUAGUUUCUUAUGAUCCAAAUAGUGGACGAAAUACGGAUCUUGGGGAUCUCUCACUUGUUUUAUGUUUAGAAUUACAGUGA